UUUCAUUUAUAUUAAUAUAAUCUGUAUGUGAAAUAUAACCUUAAGAAACGUCAAAUUUAACAAGCUUAAUUUUAAUAUGUAUCUAUAGUAUAAAUACUUAUAUUGAAAUAUAAUGAUUACAUAUUAUUUAAAUAUCUUAAUAAAAAGAAUUAUUAAUAUGAUGUUUGUUCAUUUUAAUAUUAUUUGACGAAUUUAUCUAUCAGUAACAUAUGUAUUUUCGAAAUGGCACCUCUUACAGAUUUGCUAUCAUGUAGCAUAAUUGAAAAAGAUUCUAAUGGUGAUAUAUUAUGGACAUGGUCUUAUCCGAUAGUUUCUGAGUCACAAAAAACAGUUGUUGCAAGAAAAUGCAAUUUAGAAGUAGAACAUAAUUCUCCCCAAGUAUUUGUAUUUUCAAGACAUAAAUCUGAUUGGUUCUAUAUACAUUGUAGUGAAGUAUUUGAUUCAGACAAAUUACCAAAAGUGAAGCAAUUCGCAUUGAUUUUAUUUGCCAAGGAUUUCAAUCCAAGAAAGUAUGAAGUAUUGUCAAGAGUCCUUAGCAAAAUGUAUUGCAAAACUGGAAAACCAACAGAAAUAUUACAAUUGUAUUUAUCUGUAUUUACAAAAGGAUCAUGUUCUACUCAGGAAAAUGGAACAUUUGUCUCUGAUGAUUUUAAUAGUCAUUGUUUUAUAACAAAUACAAAUAUUAGAGAAAUGAUUAAAACAUUUGAAUUAGAAACAAUAUUGAUAUAUACAGCUCUUCUUUUAAAAAAAAGAAUAAUAGUCUAUCAUCAUAGUUUAGAACAAUUACUAAAAUGGAUUGGAAUAUUUCCUGCACUGAUGAAACAUCGCAAAGUCACUGAUAAUUUGUUUCCUUGGAUUGAUUUAAUUGAUGAUGAAUUGGCAGAAUUAAAAGGACAGUCAUAUUAUAUUGCAGGCUGUAGAAAUAGCUCUAUUUCAUCAAGAACAGAUUUAUUUGAUCUACUUGUAAAUAUUCCAGCCAGAGAAAUUACAGUUGCUUCGCAUGCAAAAGAAAGCCUAACAAUGACAAAAACACACAAAGAAAUAGCUUUAUUUAUGAUUCAAUUAAGUGAAAAUCAAUCUUAUAUAGAAACUCAAAUAAUAUCUGAAAUAAAUGAUAAAACUCAAGAUCUAUUGAAUCAGCUGAAAUCUUUAGCUGUAGUUCAAAGUCCUGAUGGAAGAAAAAUGGUAUCAGCGCAAACAUUGAAAGAAAAAAAUUUACCACCUGCAGUAGAAAAUUUUUUAAUUAAUUUGGCUAUAGCAGAAAAUUUAUUUUUAUUGUAAUUUUAUAUAUUUUUAUAAAUAUAUUCAUUUAAUUAUAUUAUAAUUAAAUAAAUGAUUUCAUCAUA